AAGCAGGGCAAAAUAUAUGAACAUCGCUCCAAAUCAUCUGAACAUCACUUCCUAAAUCCCUACCAAUGGUGCAAAUAGUGUGGCUUGUAGUGGUAACUGUGUUCUCAUGACUUUGGCUCAGUAUAAAUUGGAAACAGAGAACUUCUUACAAAUUCAAGAAGACUAUCUACUAAAUUGGGACAUGGAUGGAUAUUUUGUUGACUUGACGAGGCGAAUAGAAAAACUUCGAAAUGGAGAUCUGCCGUCAGGAAUGCUGCAAGAACUAAAGUCUCGUGCACUUUGGCGCGCAGUUUUCGCGGAAUUUAUAGCAACUAUGGUGUUUCUAUUUAUAGCAACAAUGGCGGCUGUACCUCUUUUACCGGUUGAAGGGACGGAGGCUACCAUUGUCAAGAAUGCAUUGGCAUCGGGACUUAUGAUAGCUAUAUGUAUACAAAUGUUUGGUCACGUGUCCGGCGCGUUUAUGAAUCCUGCAGUUACAAUAUCGUUUGCUGUUGGUCAGACGAUAAGUCCUCUACGCGCGCUCUUCUACGUCAUGGCCCAAUGCACUGGUGGUUCUCUGGGAGUCUUAAUUUUAAAAGGUGUAACGCCAAGCGAGCUUCAUGGGAAUCUUGGAAUGAACAUGGUCAACACGAGGAUCAGUGCUGUACAGGGGUUUGCAUGUGAGGUUGUGUUCACUUUCAUUCUUGUAAUAUCCAUAUAUGGCUGCAUUGACUCCAACCGGACAUUUUUUGGAAGCGAGGCUGUUGGCAUUGGAUUCACUAUUGCUGGCAUAAAUUUAGCUGGGAUACCUUUCACGGGAGCAAGUAUGAAUCCGGCGCGGUCAUUUUGUGCAGCGUUCAUUUCAAAUUCGUUCGACAAUCUCUGGGUAUACUGGGCUGGUCCGAUCCUCGGAGGGAGCAUUGGCGCUCUGGCAUACAAAUAUGUGUUCAAUCCAUACAAAAAUAUAAUGACAUACACAGACGCCGCCAGAAAACUGAUGAGUGGAAAAGAAAUGGUUACAUUUCCGAUACAUGACUUGGUGACCACCACAGAAGAUAAUGGCUGCAUCAAGAUUGCAGUGUCUAAUAACAAUAGAACAGAACUGUAAUACCUAUGCAAAUCCUUCUUUAAUCAUUAAUUAAUAUACAAUGUACAUAUCCUAGUACUCAAGGCCACAGUAUCUUCAUAGUGUUGUUAAUGGAAACAGUUGGCCAAUUCUUUUGUUCAUGUUUUGUUGUAUGGAGGACCAUGAUCAACGUUACGGAAUGAAGUUUAUUGGUUUCUUUUUGGUUCUGUUUACAGUUAAUUACGACAAUCGAUUACUUUUUACUUUUGCAACGUGUAACGUAUAGAAAAGAGGAAACAAGGUAAAAUAUUAGACAACUGCUGUGCUCAAACCUACAUCUUCUGUAAUGCAAGAUCUGUGCAUUUUCCGCUGACCCAUCAAUACAAAUUUAAUUGUUUGUCUACCGAAGUAUAACUGGUUAUGCAUUUACUCUAGAUUAAUUAAGGUAAAGUACACUCACGUGACUGAUACGAUGUGAGAUUUAUAAUACAUGUACAGUUAGUCUAUAUUUGAGAUUUAUAAUUCAGUUAGUUUAAUAAUGUAUGCAUAAUAUUGACAUGUCAAUUAAAUAAAAACAAAUGUUCUAAAAUACAUGAAGCCUAUAAACCUAUAUCUAUUGAAAUAUUUUUAUUAUAAAAUUUAUAAACAGUACCUUAUAUGUAUCUUAUGGUAGAACGUUGAAAGAGAAUGAGUUGAGAGAUACAAUGUAUCUCAAAUUUAACUGGCAUAAAUAUUGUACAUUUACAGAAUAAAAUGUUCCAAACAAAAUAUUAUUGUGCUAUUUUAAGUAGGAUUUUUGCCAUGCAUCAUUCGCUCUAAUGAAAAAUAUAUGUACAAUCAUACUUCUUUUAUAUAGGUAUUUAAGGACUUGUCUUUUUUCAACAUUCAAACAAUAUUUUGUUAACUAAGGGCAUUUUAACACCAACUGCCUAUCAUU